UAAAUGCCUGUUUGGAUUCACUUCCUGUUGAAAUGACAUAAAAUGCAGAUUUCAAAAUAAAAAAGUACAGGUCAGAGUGAAAUGGGUAAUUUCCGUUAAAAGCUCAAAAUCUCCAAUAAGCUUGAGAUUUCGGUAUUAAAAUUAUUGUUGUAAACAAAUAUGUUUUUUUCAAGCAUUGGCUAAUUUAAAACAACCCCGGAGAAGGCUUUUAGCGUGAAAUGCAUUUAUACGCUUUCUGGAGAAAAAUAAUUUUAACUUCCGGGUUGACUCUUGCUGCCGACUUGGCUGUCUUCUCUUCUCUCAGUCCGUGACUCAUUCUCUUCUCUCUCUCUCUCUCUUUCUUUUAACUCCGACGACAUUGACCCUAUCAGAAAAUAGCCAUAAUGUUGACAAAAACGAGCGUGGACGUCUCGCUGCGGGCUUUGAGGACGCUGCGGCUGCUGGUUCUGGUGAGCCUGUGUGUGUUCAUCAGCGUCUCAGCAGCAUCAUCUCCAGCCCAGGAAGGGGAUGAUACGGAGAAGAAGGCUGAGGAGAGCCACAGGCAGGACAGCGCAGACCUGCUCAUCUUCAUCCUGCUCCUCACCCUCACCAUCCUAACCAUCUGGCUCUUCAAGCACCGGCGCUUCAGGUUUCUGCACGAAACCGGGCUGGCCAUGAUUUAUGGCCUUAUUGUCGGGGUGAUCUUGCGCUACGUCGUUCAGGUCCCUCGGUCCAACGUUGCCCCGAUGGACUGCUUUGUCAACGCCAGCCCCGCCACCCUGCUGGUAAAUGUCAGUGGCAAACUUUACGAAUACACCUUGAAGGGGGAGAUCAGUUCCAACGAGGUGAAUGACUUGAAAGACAACGAGAUGCUGCGCAAGGUUACCUUUGACCCUGAGGUUUUCUUCAAUAUUCUUCUCCCACCCAUCAUCUUUCAUGCAGGCUACAGCUUGAAAAGGAGACAUUUUUUCCGGAACAUGGGAUCCAUCCUGGCUUAUGCCUUUGUGGGGACAGUGAUUUCCUGUUUUAUUAUUGGGUUGUUGAUGUACGGCUGUGUCACGCUGAUGAAGCACCUGGGCCAACUGGGUGGAGACUUCUUCUUCACCGACUGUCUAUUCUUUGGAGCCAUUGUCUCAGCAACAGACCCGGUGACGGUCCUGGCUAUCUUCCAUGAGCUGCAGGUUGACGUGGAUUUGUAUGCAUUACUGUUUGGAGAGAGCGUCCUCAAUGAUGCCGUAGCGGUCGUUUUGUCCUCGUCUAUUGUUGCAUAUCAGCCACAAGGAGACAACAGCCACACGUUUGAGGCCAUGGCCUUGCUGAAGUCUUUAGGGAUGUUCCUUGGCGUUUUCAGCGGCUCCUUCUCUCUGGGCGUUGCCACGGGAAUCGUUACAGCUCUCGUGACGAAGUUCACCAAACUGAGGGACUUUCAGCUGCUGGAGACGGCUCUGUUCUUCCUCAUGUCCUGGAGCACCUUCCUGCUGGCUGAAGCUUGUGGCUUCACAGGUGUUGUGGCUGUGCUCUUCUGUGGCAUCACUCAGGCCCACUACACCUUCAACAAUCUGUCUCCAGAGUCUCAGGACCGGACAAAGCAGCUGUUUGAGCUGUUAAAUUUCCUGGCAGAGAACUUCAUCUUCUCCUACAUGGGUCUGACCCUGUUCACCUUCCAGAACCACGUCUUUAAUCCCAUGUUCAUCGUUGGAGCUUUUCUGGCGGUGUUUGUGGGUAGAGCUGCUAACAUCUACCCUCUGUCACUCCUCCUUAAUCUGGGUCGAUUUAACAAGAUUAGAUCCAACUUCCAGCACAUGAUGAUGUUUGCAGGGCUGCGCGGUGCGAUGACCUUCGCCCUGUCCAUCAGGGACACGGCCACGUACGCCCGCCAGAUGAUGUUCUCCACCAAUCUUCUUGUGGUUUUCUUCACUGUUUGGGUUUGUGGUGGCGGCACCACUCAGAUGCUGUCCUGUCAGCGGAUACGAGUCGGAGUUGACUCUGAUCAGGAAAACUCUAUGAGUUUUGCUGACGGAUCAGAGAGGAGGAGCACCAAACAAGAAAGUGCCUGGCUUUUCAGAAUUUGGUACAACUUUGACCACAACUACCUGAAGCCCAUCCUGACACACAGCGGCCCUCCUCUCACUACCACGCUUCCUCCCUGCUGCGGCCCCCUCGCCCGCUUCCUCACCAGCCCCCAGGCCUAUGAGAAUGAGUGUCAGCUGAAGGACGACGACUCCGACCUCAUCCUGACGGACGGUGACAUCAGCCUGACUUAUGGCGACAUCACGGUCAGCACUGACGCCACAGGCGCCCGCACCAGCGGCGGCCUGGCCACGGACGACCUGGACCGGGAGCUGGCGUACGGCGAUCAUGAGCUGGUGAUGAGGGGCACGCGCCUUGUUCUGCCCAUGGACGACUCGGAGCCGCCGUUCACGGAUCACCUGCGGAUGUGAAAACCAGGUUUCAGCGCAAACGUCCAGUACAAACUGAAAUGAGCCACUGAGCAAAAGACGAGUACCUGACUCUCCUCUUUUCACACUCCCAUUUUUAUUUUAUUUUUCUGCACUUUGCCUUUUUUCCUUUUUGCUCUCUUCCUCUUUAGGAAAACGCUGUCUCUACCUCAUUCUCUUUCUGCUCAUUUCAUACCUCUUACUUCAAUCAUUCCUGGUUUUCUUCACAUUUUUUCUCUUGUCAUUCAGCUUAUUGUAGCAUCGCAGCAUGAGUUGGUGAGUAAAUGCAAACGCCAACCUUUACCUAAUUUGUCAGUGUACAGUAUAUCUCAAGAGAAACUAUAACGUUGUUAUGCAUGUGGAGGUUGCUUGUGUUUUCUUUGUAUUUUAGGAUAUAGAGCUUUUUUUUUUUCGGUCGGCGUUUUGGGUCUGACUUUGAAUGUUGCUGCCUUUUUUCUGAGCAUCUCCCAGCAAGCUGACCCAGUGGAAAAACGUUACUGUACAUUUGGUUACAAUCAAGUGCCUGGGAAUUGUAGUUUUUAAGCAUGGCAACUCUAUACUAGAUUAUCUCUGAGAGGGAAAGUGACUUUGGGAUGGUACAGGAGAAAAUAUAGAAAUAUUUAUUAAACCCAAGAGAAGCCUCCGUCCCUAAAGGUAGCAAUAUACCGCACAGGUUUGUCGGGAGGGUUUGUGCGGUUUGCUUGUAAAUAUUGUGUGAAGCAGUAGGAGCCAGUUACGGAUCUCUGUGGGUGACCUUAGACUGUGACAUUAGAGAGAGGCUUAACGCCUUCCUCUGGACUCUGAGCGCGGUCACAGCAGAUUGAAGGUUUGCUGCUGUGAAAAUGAGACCUAAGUGAGGUGAAGUGAGUCAGCUUUGUGCCAUUCCCGUCACGCAUUUUGACGCUUUGUGUAAACCGAAUCUAUUCGACCUUAAAGUGUUUUCUACGCUUUUUGCAGAGGAACAUUUGCCAUACACAUCCAGCUUUGUUCACAUAUUUCUAUUCAGAUAUUUUUUCAGGAAGGUAAUAAAAAAUAAAACCUUUUUGGUACCUAAACGUGACGCUAAAACAUCUGUUGUAUUUUUAAUAUAAUUAGAAAUUAGAGAGAUUAUCUACUUGCAGAAGGGUGAAGUACGUUUAGUUUCUUCAUUAAUCUAGUUUCAUAUUGCUGAACAAUGAAUGUAUUGGCUGACUUAAACUAGGCAUCUUUCAGUGCUUUGCUAGUUUUAUCUCUGAAAUCUAUUUUCUGUUACACAACUUUACUACCACAGUUAUUUAUGCAGCUAAAUCUCAGUAGGUGUGAAUAUCAUCACAUUAAUUUAUUUCAGUAUUUCAGUUCAUAAAUUGUAUUACUGUGGAUUUAUUAGACACAGAGUGAAAAAUUCAGGUUAUUUCUGUUGAUUCUGAUUACCAGCUAAUGAAAACCCAAAUUUCAGUUUCUCGGUAAGUGAGAAUAUUACAUCAGACCAAGAACAAAUGAUCCUCUAGCAACUUGGAUUGUGUGCCUUUCCACUCAUCUUCCUCACCUUUCAACCUUGAAAACUAAAUGAGGAACUAACUUUACCUUAUAUUUAAAAAGAGAACAAUAAACCCCAACAAUGGUGUCCUUUUUCUCUUUAGCUUCUUCACGUAUGCUACUAGCUGUUUUCCUUCCACUCAACUUUCGAGUAAGCUCUCUUCUUUAGCUCUGAGCUCUUGCAGCCUACCUCUUCAUGUGGAUGUCAUUGACUGUAUUCUGGAUAACUAUACAGUCAACAGUCAUACACAUGAUUGUGUACCAUAACGUAACAAUGUUAAAUAAUAAAUUACAUAUAUUAAUCUUAUACGAUGUUCUGAUUUUACUUUUAUGAGAAAUUGAAAUUUGAGUUUUCAUAAUCAGAUGAAUUUGCAGCAAAUAUCUCAAUCUGUGUGCAAUUAAUCUCAAUAAUAUGCAACUUUCCCUUUUUUUAUUUAAAUUACUGAAAUAAAAUAAGUUUUUAAUGAUGUUCUCAUGUAGUGAGAGAUAAAUACAUGUUUUCUCCGUUUGACUACUCAGUUCAAUAUUGCAGUGCUGGAUUUUAUACAUUGCCAUGUUUUUGUCUCUCCUUAUAAUUCAUAAUAUUAGGGCUGUGCAGUAUUUGGAAAAUAUGGCAUUACAUUACCGCUUUCUGGGACAAUUAAAGACCAUCCAAUUAAUCAGUUAUCUUAUUAAGUUGCAUCAUUUUAAAAGAUGCCUCCUAAAAUGUUACAGCCUACUAAAUAUUUCAUCUUGACAGAUUAAUAUUUCAUAUUUCAUAUACCCUGGGAGGAGUAGAUAUUUGCACUGGGACUGUUCCAGGUCUUUAUUUGGAAAGCUGCCGGUGUUGGGCUAGUUUACUUGCUGGAUUUGUUGCCCCUAUUUCGUACUGAACUGUUUACUCACGAAUCAUUUGAAGGUAAAACAGAAGUUUACUUGCACAUUUGCUUUAUUUUUGUUCAUGUUAAAGAAGAACGGAAAGCUUUCUGAACUCGUUUAGGGCUGCAGAGUUUCACAUCUGCUGAUGCUGACUGAACAGGAAGCCAUGGUCGGGUUGUCGCCGUGGCGACGCUGUGUUUAUUUGAACCGGAGCCAGAAUACAUUUGGUGACUAAGCUGAACACAACCAUCUUUUUUUGUGUUUUGGCCUUGGUGUGAGCCAAAGAACAAUAAGUGAGUUCAUGCAGAAUAAAUGCAGGACGAUGGGAAUUAAAAAAAUAGAGAAAGAAAGAAUAAAGGAGUGAAGAGGAGAGAAGUAGAGCAGGCUUGUACAUAUCGCUCUUCCUUCCUUGGUUAUCUUCUGCUGUGCAGGAACCUCUAAUUUAGCUUUUUAUCUCUUGUUUGCUUGUUUAUUUGCUUUAAUCAGGCAUUCUUCAUGACUCCACAUGAUCUAUUAUUACGUUGAAUUAUCAUUUCACUUGUUUGUAUGAUGAAUUUUUUAAAGAGAGGAAAUAAAGUGAAAGAAGCCUGUAAUUCACACUUUAUUUGUUUUCAGUAAUGUUUUUGUUUUAUCCGACAGCUGGUUUUAUAUUAUUUACCGUUUUAUUUUGAGUGAUGUUUAAAGAAACAUUUCUGUAAAGAACCAUUUCAGUGACUUGCAUGGAAAAUAUGAUUUCAUGCAUAUUUUCCAUCUUAUCUGGCACUUUUGUAUCUUGUAUGUUUCCAACAAGAUGCUCUUUCAAUGAUGUCUUCAGAGCAUAAAUUAUCUUUCGCUGAUUGUGCAUCUUUGAAAAAAAAAGAAAAGAAAAAAGAAAUUAAAUAAAUCUGAGCAGAACUGUGUGCCAUUAUUAUCUACAUGCCACAAUGUGAACUCUUCAAAAGGUGAUCUUGGUGUUUCUCUGCUCUGCUUCUGCUUUCUGAUCGGUAACUUGAGCUUUGAUCAGUGGAAAUCUUGUCUGAAGUAGCUGACCAAAGAGGCCUGCUGUGCUCCGUGUUUUCAGACACUCUGCUCUCUUUCUCUCUCUCUUCAUUCUGCAUUUUCUCUCUGUGUGAAUGUGUCCAAAUGCCUGAAAGUGUUAAUGGAUGUGUGUCUGGCCAAAAAAAAAACAAAAAAAAACAUGAUACUGUGUCCUCUCUUUUUUUUUGGUUGCCGAUACUGACUGUUUACAUCUGUGUAAAUAUACUCACCUGUUCUGUGUGCGUGCAACGGUCAAUAAACUAGAGCCUUUGCAUUUGAUUAAA